CGGACACGACGCGCUUCCCAAACCACUUUCGCCCGCCUUCGGCAAUCGUCGGUUAUCUUCGCAACCGACAGCUGACUGGGCCAAUGUCAGAGCGAGACGUAACGCGUCAACUCGCACACGCGCAAGAAAGACGGCGAACCGCGCACUACGCUACCGCCGCCAUUUAAUUCUCUCUAGUGUACAGCACGGUCGUAGUGACAACGUCCAAUAUUUAUCGCAAAUGAUAAUUUUUUGUAUGUGAAAAUUAUGUAUUAAACCUUAAUAAAUGUCCCAGUGUUUGUAGAGCGUGUCUUUUUAACAAUUUGCAAUGAGUAACAUGUGUGUGAAAGUAAUGAAAAUGCGACUCAUUUAAAAUGUCUCGUUACCACGUCUGUCAACAAAUACGUGGAUUAUGCAAGUUGGAAUGAAAUGUGAACAUGUAUUAGGUAAAUCUCAAGUGAUUUCUACUUUAUUGGAUGAUUUGUGGUGUUGUGAUGUAUUUGUGUGUUACAUGAAUAGGAGUAUGUUCACUGUCUGAAAGUCAAUUGACUAUGAGGGUUGUAAAAUAAUGCGGUGGCUGCACAAAGUAUUGGCGCUGGCAAUAAUUUGCACAGCAGCGGAAGGCUGUCCUUCUACAUGCAACUGCACAGGAACCCGUCUGGCCUGCUCUGGAGUUGUCCUACCCAACAAUACGCUUACACAGGCAAUCUUAGCUAACUAUGUGACCUCCAUAUAUACAGUACAGGCAAUCAUAUGGACAGAUUCAAACCUCCAAACAUUAGAACCUGAUAUAUUCAACGGGCUACACAAUCUCGAGUACAUCGACUUAAGCAGAAACGAAAUAAAAAGUACUGAAAACGGGCUAUUCGCGAGACUGAAUCAACUAAAACAUUUAAAUAUAUCGAGAAACCAAAUCGUGGACAUCCCUCGUAAACCGUUCGUAGAUUUACAAAACUUAGAAGUUCUAGAUGUAUCCCACAAUCAAAUUCAGGUCAUACCAUUCCAAGUCUUCGGGCUGAUGACCAAACUGCACUAUCUAGAUAUAUCUUAUAAUAAACUAGCCACUUUCUUAGAUUACUAUUUUAAACCUAAUCGUAAACUGAAAACGCUGUUCCUAAAUAAUAAUAGCCUAGUCAAAAUUACAUCAAAAGCUCUAGUCGAUUUGAAAGAAUUGGAAGUUCUCGAUAUUUCUAGUAACAAAUUAGAUAAUAUUCCAAAGCUUUUAUUCGAAGCUUUACCGGAACUCAGAGAGUUAAAUCUGAGUUACAAUAAGUUUUUAAACAUAUCACAGGACGCUUUCAAAUGUCUCGAAAAGUUGCGGAUGAUAAACAUGGGAGGGAAUAGACUAAGACUGCUGCCACCAACGCUCUUCCAGUAUAAUAGAAAUUUAGAAAUAAUCUACCUCGAACACACAGAAAUAACGGAAAUACAGAACACGAACUUUCAAGGAUUGAACAAAUUGGAGCAACUCUUCAUCAGAUACAAUCCAUAUUUACGGGAGAUUGAAUCGUACGUUUUUCAAGACACGCCGUCGUUAACACAUCUGGAUAUUAGCAAUAACUCAUUAACGUUUCUGCCUCUUACAUUGAAGAUAUUGGAUAAGUUACAAGAGUUGAGGAUAGGGGGCAACCCUUGGGCUUGCGAUUGUCGUAUGGCGUGGUUCGUAACAUGGGCUGACAUGAGAAAGAACAUCAUAAAAUCGGAUCUUAGCUGCGGUCUCACAUAUCCAAACGACAUGUUGAGAAUUCUGAAUAGUACCGAUUGUAAACCACCACAGCUCAUCAGCAGCAGUCCACUGACUCUUUAUCGAUUACAAUCGAACGCCCUUCUGGAAUGCACAUUCGAAGGUAAUCCCACGCCUUCCAUCACAUGGAUAACGCCAACACGACACGUGUACCACUGGAACCCGGAUCAAUCGAUUCCAGACAUUUACUACAAACACGGUCUCGCCCACGAUCAAAAUUAUAGGCCGGUAGACUAUACGACAUCGAGAGUGCGAGUGCUUGAAAACGGCGCCUUGACUAUUAUGAAUAUUCAUCGCGAGGACAGUGGAACAUACACAUGUUACGCAACUAAUCCAUCCGCGAACCUCACAGCCGAGGUCAUCCUCAACAUAGAUCCUAUGACAAUGUUUGAAAUUAAGAUGUAUAGUCUAUUGUGUGGGGCAAUUUGCGCGGCGGGUUUUCUCGGCCUCACUUUGAUGGUUCAAGCUCUGCGUUAUAUCUUCUACAGAUUCCGUCUAUUGGAGACUUGCUGCAGUUGUUGCUCGUGUGUAAACAGAGACGCGCCACGGACGCGACAAAUUUAUGGCAUGCUGGACAACAUUGAACAGUAUAAACGACUGCAAUUGGAAAAACUACGAGAAAACUACGCCGUACAAGUGCAUCGUAUAAAAGAGAAUUGUACUCAGCAAGUGGAAUGGAUACAAAGUAGUUAUUCAUCGCAAGCCGGCCACCUGCGUAACUUUAAAAAUAUCGGUACUAAUCAUCUGACGGCCAUGAAAGACCAGUAUUACGAUCAGUUUACACAGGUGAAGCGAGUCAAGGAAUAUUCCACGUCUCAAUUAAAUUGGGUGCAAGAGAAUUACGUUUUCCAGAGGAAUAAAAUACGAAAGUUUAGCGCUCAUCAAAUAUUACGAUUCCGGGAGUCGUACAAAUAUCAACAGCAGAUGCUGAACAAAGUGUUGGAGAAUCUGCCGACAUUAUACUUCGAGAACUGUCGCAGCGGUUCGUGCGGUCGAAGCGACUCCAUGGCUUUCGAUCCGGACGUCGAGGUCAUCGACAUGUAUCUCAAGUCAAAAAUAGACAAGCUCUCCAGCCUACCAAAUCCGGUGGACGACGAGAGCAAAAUGUCCGUUUACUACACGCCGACAGAGAGAUCUGUCAACUCCCGCCGAAGUUCGCCCGUCCUGUUGCCUGACGGCAUUCACAUCAACAUAAUCGAGAGAGAACCCCCACCAGGAUUGCUGGCGAUGCUCAAAACGUUGCAGCCGGCCCCACCGCCGACGCUGGCGUCCCUCACGCCAAUGGACCUAUCCAGCCCCACGACUUCCAAAACCCUCACCCCCGUCAGAUCGAAAUAUAGAGAGGAAGCGAAACCUUCCAGCGAGCCGCUUUUGGGUCGAGGACGGGACGCUUUCAGAGAAGACUGCAGACGUCUGCCGACAAGUUUGAGUUCGCCAGAACUGAACAGGGAUUCGCAGAGGGAAGCGGCCGCUAAAGAGGCGAAAGUGUUGUUGGCGGUGGAGUUGACGACACCAGAGUGCCAGGUGCGGCACCAGGCCGGGCAGAUGGUGUGCGGCGACUGUAUAGGCCUCUGCGAGAACACGCCCUUGUAGUACAGGCUUCUGACGCGUACGUUCAAGAUCUACGCGUUGAAUGGCCGGCCCGGCCGGCGUCUGGAUGUAAUUCGACUCUGUGACUUCAGCGAAUCACCAUCCUACGUAUAAUUCGGUACGUCGCUUGUACUUCUAAGUAAGCUGUGAUAGAUUAGAUUUCGAGUUAAUGUAUUAGCGAAAUUAUUUCACCUAGUGCUAGGUUUAAGAUCUGCUCGUUGACGUAGACGAAAUUUAUUUAAGCGAUCUGUGGAUUGGAAAUCUUGUAAAUAAACUAUCGUUUCGA